GCCAUUACGUUACAUACUCGAUCAGUUGAUUGCUUGAUCUUGAACAAGCGGCUGCCAACCGCACAAACGAUUGCAACACUCGUUGCCCGCGAGUCCACCAGAGAGCCCAAGCAAAGCCCAUCAAGUGACCUUGUCUUUACUGGCGUUUAGGAGACCUGAAGCUGGGCCCCGUGGCACAUAGUUAGCGCCAAGAUGUCCUCGUUCAAGAUGCUCGGUGCACACCGUUCGCAGCUUGCGCAGCGUCGCAGCACGCAAGGAUGGCGUACAGCUGCAGCACUCUGCAGCCCUCGCGCCGCACGCCGCGCCGCACGCACUGCGCGCCUGCUGUGCCGUGCGGAGCAGGAGACCUCCACCGUCACCACUACCACCGCGACGGAGGCGGCCAACACCUCCAACGGCAACGGCAAUGGCAACGGCGCCGCCGAGAAGGCCUCCCGCGGCGCCGGCGCCUUCCCCUCCGAGCUGCUGUCUGCCGAGGAGCUGCCGUACGUGGCGCCUGACGACAGCGCCAAGUUCUGGACCGGCUUCAAGCUGGGCUUCGCACUGCCCUGGCGCCGCUUUAAGAAGGACUCGGUGCUGGCGUUCAAGCUGGAGGGCGACAUCAGCGACCAGGAGCGCACCUUCUUCGACAGCGGCACCUCGCUGCCGGCGCUGUGCCAGGCGCUGCGGAAGGCGGCGCUGGACCCGCGCAUCCAGGGUGUGGCCAUUGAGAUUGCGCCGCUGGCCAUUGGCUGGGGCAAGGUGCAGGAGAUCAAGAGGCACAUCGACUACUUCCGCGCCAGUGGCAAGUACUGUGUGGCCUACAUGAAGCAGGCGGGCGAGAAGGAGUACUACCUAGCCACCGCCUGCAGCGAGAUGUAUGCGCCGCCCUCGGCUUACCUCAGCCUGCGCGGCUUCGUGACCGGAGGCACCUUCCUGCGCGGUGUGCUGGACAAGGUGGGCGUGGAGCCGCAGGUGAAGCGCAUCGGCGCCUACAAGUCGGCGGGCGACCAGCUGCUGCGCCGCACCAUGGCCUCGGAGCAGCGCGAGCAGCUGGGGGCCAUCCAGGCCGACGUGGUUGAGGAGUUCCUGCGCCAGGUGUCCACCGCCCUGGGCAAGAGCCGCCAGGAGGUGGUGGAGUUCGUGGAGGCGGGCGUGUACGACACGGCGGCGUUCAAGGCGGGCGGCUGGCUGACGGACCUGUGGUACGAGGACCAGCUCAUCAACGAGCUCAAGAUGAGGACCACGGGCCUGCGCCCGGUGGAGGGCGAGAGCGAGCGCGACAAGGAGAAGCGCGAGAAGGAGCUGGCCAAGCCGCUGCGGCGUGUGGGCCUGCGCAAGUACAGCUCCGUCAGCCCCACCGCCUUCCCCACCCUGGGCACCGCGGGCGGCAAGAAGCGCAUCGUGGUGCUGCGGACCAGCGGCGCCAUCGUGGGCAAGGCCAGCUCCGGCUCCGUCAUCACCCCGGACGGCGUCAUCCCCAAGCUCCGCGCCCUGGCCAAGGACAAGUCGGUGGCUGCUGUGGUGCUGCGGGUGGACAGCCCGGGCGGCGACGCGCUGGCUGCCGACCUGAUGUGGCGCGAGAUCCGGCAGCUGGACGCCGUCAAGCCCGUCAUCGCCUCCAUGGCGGACGUGGCGGCCAGCGGCGGGUACUACAUGGGCAUGGCGGCGCGUGCCAUUGUGGCCGAGCCGCUGACCAUCACUGGCUCCAUUGGGGUGGUGACGGGCAAGUUCAACCUGUCCGAGCUGUACGCCAAGAUCGGUUACAACAAGGAGCUGAUCAGCUGGGGCCGCUUCGCCGAGCUGCUGGCCGACAACAGGUCCUUCUCCAAGGAGGAGGCUGAGCUCUUUGACGCCAGUGCGCAGCACGCCUACGAGUCCUUCCGCAACAAGGCGGCCUCCAGUCGCGACAUGGACGUGGAGGACAUGCAGGCGGUGGCGCAGGGCCGCGUGUGGUCCGGCAACGCCGCAAUCAAGGUGAAGCUGGUUGACGCACUGGGCGGCGUGAACCGCGCCAUUGCGAUGGCCCGCCACGCCGCCGGCAUCCCGGCAGAGGAGCCCGUCACAGUGGUGGAGCUGGGCAAGGUGCGGCCCUCGCCCACCGCGCUGAUCGGCGGUGGUGCCAUGGCGGGCGCCCUGAUGCUGACGUCUCUGCUGCGCGGCCAGUCGCCCGCUGACGCUCUGGCCUCAGCCGCCGGCGCCUCCGCAGCCCUUGGCAUGGGCAUGGGGUCACUGAGCGCCGGCGCCGCCGUCGGCAAUGCGGACGCCGCGGCGGCCGCCGCCGCGGCGGCGCCCGUGGUGGCCGCAGUAGCACGUGAGGCGGCGGCCCUGGCGGCCGUGCUACAGCCGGGGCGCGCGGCGUACCUGCUGACGGAUGUGGAUGCGCUGUCGGUGGCGGCUGGCAGCAGCAGCCUGGGCGGUGUCAUGGGCGCCAGCAGCCUAGGCGGCAGUAGCAGCGCCGGCAGCAGCAGCAGUGGGGAGUUCCUGGAGGAGGGUGGGUCGGAGGGCCUGCUGCCGUGGUGGUGAGAGAUGUAGCUGUAAGUGCACCUGUCGCUGCUGCUGAUUUGUUUGGAAGAGAGUGUUCUACGCAUCUGUAAACGUGCGCGCGCGUGUGCAGGACGUUAGUGCGAGAGAGAUGACAUGAAUUCGAGAGUGUAGCGUUGCUAGGUGACAUGUUGUCGUUUGUGCGGUUACAAGGCGAUUUCGUGGGCUCAUGGCUGCAAAGCUGUCACGCGGCGUUCAGAGUGAUCGUGUGACAGCUGGAAACCAGAUGCGGCGGAGGGGGUAGAGCGAUGUUAAGAGUGCGCCAUCGCUCCAUCAUGGCAUGAGAGAGUCUGGAGUGCAUACUGAAUUCUUUAUGAGGCUCGGAGUCAAGGUGGUAAGCAAGAUUGAACGGCGAUAGGGGGUUGGCCCUUCCACCGCAAGGCGCCAUGUGCGUCCAUCUUUCGAAGACCUCCACGGCAGUGCACGCGUAUGCAGGCGCAGCGCGGUUUGACGUGCUGUUGGUGUAAUUUCAAAGGGGA